AUGGAUUACUCUGGUCUUUUUGUUGAAGAUGACAACCAAGUGAAUGAAGAGAAGCCUCCAGCGCGAGUGUGUCCAAGGUGUAACUCAGACAACACCAAGUUCUGUUACUACAACAACUAUAGCGCGUCUCAACCUCGCUAUAAAUGCAAGAACUGUCGUAGAUACUGGACUCAUGGUGGGACAUUAAGGAACGUACCGAUUGGUGGAAGUGGCCGUAAAAUCAAACGUAACAGGUUAGACCAGCCUUCUUUUUCUCAGGUGAUUUCUGUUGAGAACCAACAGGUUAAUCAUCACCAACCUUUAUUACAUGAUCAAGAAACCAACGAGUUUGUUGGUUCUUCUUCUUCUUCUGCUGCUGUUGUUGGUGGGAACCAUUUCGGUUCUUUGCCUGAGUUUCAUGGUGAUAUGGUAACAAAUGUGCCUCCAUUUGGAAGUUUUCCACCAAUGGAGGCCUUACAUAUCACUGAUGUAUCACUCCAACAAGGUUAUUACGACGCUGGAUCCAGUGAUUUGAUUGGAAACCCUUUGGUAAAACAAUUAACUGGUGGAUCUGUUGUUGUGAGCUCUGAUCAAGAGGAUCCAAACAUGUGGAACCAGAGCUUCAACAACACUACAAACAUGAACCACAAUGCUAGUACGAGUGGAGGCAAGAGACAUAUAUCCAAGCACUGA